AUGGUGGAGAUGCUGGGUCCUAUUCCUGCUCGUCCACCAACGCCCCCACGGCCUGUCGAGGUUCGAAGCGAGUCACCUUCUCCCCCUUGGCUGCACACCUCGAUCAAUCCGAAUGCGACCCCGUCGAAGGAUGGCAAGGCCAAGGACAGCCCAUUCAAAUCCAUCCUCAAAGAAUCCAAUUCCCCGAUUCCUGUAUGGUCACCGAACACCAACGACUUCACACCCGAUUCCCUUGCGAUGCUCCUCGAGUCUGUGAGCCAACAACUUGCCAGCGGCUCCGUUACCUCCCGACUGGACGCCUACAUGCAAUUUUUCGGGGCAUUACGAACGUACGAUGGCUUGCCAGCUGUAAAUGAUAUCAAGGGAAAAUUAAGUCUUAUCACGGAUUACAUUCAACGAGAUGUGGCUCAAGAAUUGGUGAAUGCCUCACCAUUGGAAACCAACCUCGUCACACAAGCAUUGAAGCUAUCAGCUGCUUUUGUUUGGCACACGGACAUCGCAUCAAACCUGUCCGACGACUUCAAGAUUUUUCUUCUCGAUCACGCUAUCGCUUCCCUAGAGCAGGCAAAGGCGCCAAAAUCCGUUUUGACGCACUACAUGUCGAUCCUUUCAACACAAAAUUUUGGCCCCCGUGUAUUAACAAAUGCUCGGAUCACAAAACUUCUCACUGUGUUAAAAGACUUGAGCAAUCGAGUUCCCGGGAAAGCUAUAAUUUCAAGCCGUCUUUCAAUCUACCAGCGCCUUCUUGCCCAGUCAGAAGCCCACUUCAUAUUGUCCUCGUCGCUGUGGGUAGAACAUCUUGUCACGGGCGUCCUGAACCACGUGAAAGAGACAAGAACCAGAGCGAUAUACUUAGGCUUCCAAGUCUCUGCCAUUGCGGGACCAAACCAGGCUAUUUCAAAGACAGUUCGCGAUAUGUUUGAUCGACCGCUAGACAAUGGGCAGAAAAUGGUUACCGAAAUUCGAGAGCGUUUGUCGCGCAUGGUGACUCAACCGGAUGCAGGGGUUCACGUGCCUCAAGCAUGGAGUGUCAUUGUUCUUCUAUUGAGAAGUAAAAAGUGGAAUUGGGACCAGUGGGAGCAUUUCAAAGAAUGGGUGCUGAUUCUUCAAAAAUGCUUCAAUUGUAGCGAACCUGCUAUCAAAUCCCAGGCAAUCCUUGGGUGGAACCGCUUUGUGUUCGCAAUUGGCCCUAAUGAGUCUACCAGUCCCAGCCUCCUGAGGAUGCUGGGCAAGCCCGUCAUCUCCCAAUUCGAACGGAAAAAGUCCGAUAAAUCCGCUACACCUACGCCGCUUGCAUUGGGCAGUUACCAUAACUUGCUCUAUUAUGCUUUUCGCCCAUCUGCGCCCCGUGAGUUUCUAAAUACUGCUUGGGAUGAAUUCAUCGCGAAUCCAUCGUUUUCCAUAUUCUCAUCACAGCCAGCCUUAAGUGAUAAUACAUCGCGUGUUUUGGCGAGCAUGUUGUGGAGCGCCCAAGCCAAACUUUGGUCAGCAAAUCGUAUUUACGAGGCAAAGAAGGUUGAACCAGAAGAACUACCUUCUUUUGACCCGCAAUGGGUGCGUUCAAGGAUCCCAAAUAUCUUGGCUGUAUAUGAAUCGUUGUUCAGAGCUUCAGUCUGGGAUGAUGAUGAAAUUCAUAAAUCGGGCAUUGCUCUUUCCUGGGUCAGUUUGUCGAAAGCUUUGUGCAUAGCUUCCAGUAAGGAAAUCACUCCGUCAACUGAGACUAUGCAAGUUGUUGCGAGUUUACUUGGCUUGCUGUGUCGGCUAUGGAUAAUUGGCCCGCUUUCCCUGAAUGCACCAUCUGAGGGUGCAAUCCCAUUCACUGAAAGGCUUCUGUUGAAAACUUCCCCAGGAACAUUCCAAACGUCAAAUACCCCGAUCCACCGCAAUUCCACCUCAGGUACGGACCUGAAUAGUCCGAUUCUGCAUCUUUUAGAGGCCGUUCGCACCACGAGUCUCAUCUCAGCUCCAACAUUGUCAUACACUCAACUUGUCGAGGGAAUCAUUGGAGCUUCCUCGAAGGGUAGAAGCUCCCGCGGAUCCCGCCUUGAGCUACUGCAGCAGUUUUCGAACUUGGGGAAAUCUCAAACCACAGUAUCAGUGCAUGGAACUCUUGAUGCUGUCCUGUGGAAGGCGAGUGCGCGAGCAGCAGCAGACGCAUUGCAGUCUAUUCCGAUCGAAUCAGCUCGUGAGCGAGAUGGUUCGGUAUCAAGUGAUUACGACAACGUUACAAAAAUCCUCCAAGCUGGCCUCGGGUUUCCAGAUGUUCACCAGGACUGGUCCCACCUUCUAGGUUCCUUCGGCCGAGUCGUGAGAACAGAAAAGGGCGACCAGGCAUUGCCUGGCUUGAUGAUCGAGCCUCUGAGCAAGGAGUUGAGCACACUCGACGUUCAAGAAACAUACAUGCCCUUGGCGUCUCUUCUUAGUCAUUCUCUUUCCAUUUCCUCUUGGCCUGAGACUGGGAGUACACAUGCUGCAUCUAGUUCCGAACAACACUCGUCACCAUCAAUUCCUGUGAACCUGCUUGAUGCCGUGGGGAGAACAUUGCACUCUUCCUAUGAUCAUUUCAGUGUCUCUGAAACACUUGGCCUUGCGGGGUUCAUCGAGUCCCUCACGUCCUUUCUGGGCUCUGGUUCAUUGCCAUUUCGCAUAACCGUUUUGGAGAUCCUCCAAACAUCACUCCGUCCCUGGGUGCAAGAUGAAAAACGCAAAUUCGAUGUACAGCUUGGGGUCGAUAGCCGUAUCUUGACCGCGUGCCGAGCCAUAACAUCUGCUGUGUUGAAUAUUCUGCAGACCGGGUGCUCUGAUAUUCCUUCAGCAAAAAGAUUCGAAACUGCCAUUUGUGCUGGUCUGGACUCACCUCAUGCUUCCCGAUGCAGCAAAUUCGUGGAUUUCUGGCAGUCUACAGCCCUAGAUGUCGACGAAUGUGGUCAAGAUUCAGCCCUUUGGCGGUCGCUACAAGCGGCGAAGAGCAGACUUGUGGCAGAUCAGACCGCGAUAAUCACGUCUUCCAUUGAUCAGCAGUAUCUUCAUAUCAACUCGUCGCCUCCUGUUGUCGAAUCGUCUGAGUCAAAAGAACCAACUUUGCCAGUUCAACCCCCACUCUCUGAGGAGUCCAUUGAGCAGGAAGAUUCGAAGUUCCAGAAUGUGCACAAUCGUCAGGAAGUCUUCAAACUCAUUGACGACAUUCGCUCUUCGUCUCCCGGAAAUACACCGGGAGGGCUAGGAUUCAACACUCCUGUUCAUCUGCGAAGAUUUCAGGGACUAUCUAUGCAUGAUGCCCCUCUAACUCCCACACUUGCAGCAGCUGAGAAUGAAGACGGCUUUAUUGGAUCAUCUCCCACACCCGCAACCCGCGACCCAACUCCUGCAUCACAUGUCGGGGCUUCGGCACUGGGAUCUCGUGACGUGAUAAUGAAUGAUGCCAGCGACAUUCCAUCCUCCCCACCUGAAAUUCAUUCCAACACUCCCAGUCCACGCAAGAAAUCCCGACGUUCGAAGGCAGCCCGAAAGAAGGAGAAAAAAGCCUUGGCCCGGAGAGCAGCACUUGAAAACGGCACAAGCAGCAACCCAAUUGCCAUUUCUGACUCGUUCGAUCGCCCUCAGGCUGAAACCCAAGAUGCGAGUGAUAGUAGCAUGUCUUAUCAAGUGGACGAAAGGCCUCCAAGUCGACGUACUCGAUUAGCCCUGAGCCAAAGCAUAGACAAUGUUCAAAACACCGACCACUCUGAGGCAGCUGGAACCCCCAUCAAGCCCACUGAGGCACUUCCUGCGUCCAGUUCCAAGUCCAAAUCCAGGUCAGCAUCACGAAAUAAGAAGCGGAAGGCAAAACGUCAAACCGAUGAGAACCACUACCCUGGCUCAUUGCCUGUGACACCGACUCAUGCUUCUGAAUUGGUGGAGUCUUCCAGCGAUGACCUGGAGGAGCAGAUUGCCUCGCAGCUUGUACAAGAUCUUGAAUUGGCAGUCGACCAAACCAGUCAUGGCCAGAGCCCGGACAUGACCUCCCAUGAACCCACCCAGCCCCAACCUUCGAAGAAAGCAUCCAGUGGAAAGAAGCGAAAGCGAGACGAGGAUUCCCAAUCAAGCUCGCACAAUUCUACACGCCGAUCAAAGCGACUCUCUACCGUGAAUGACGUCGACGCAAUUCUCGUUGACGACCCCGAGGCUACACAGUCCCAAGAGCCCGAUGUUGCGAUGGCGUCACAAGCUGAACCAGUCCCACGACCACCACCCUCGGCUACUCGCCGCUCGACUCGUGGUUCACAGCGAAAGGAGGAAGCGGCCGCGGCUGAAGAGCCUAUCCCUAUAAUAUCUUCUACUGACAAGACCGCUCCUGAACCUCUUCCACCACCGGAGAAUUCAGUCACAAACGACAAGUCAAAAGACCAAGAACUCUCUCAGCGACCGACCAAGCGAUCGCGUAAAUCUCUUCGCGGUCCAGAGCAAUCUUUUCCUGUUUCCACUGCAGAUCGGCCUACCACUGCUUCAACAACCCAUACUACCCGCAAUCGUAAGAGCCGCUCAACACGCCCACCGCCAAGUCAGCAAGUUCCUUCUCAGGAAGAAUCUAUUCAAGUAGAACCGCCGACAGAACUGCCAGCAGUGGAUGCCGAGAGCAUCUCUGCACUGAUGGUUGAAGAGCGUGUCCCUGAAAGCUUUCUCACGUCUGAGGCUAUGCCAGAUACUACCAUGGAUCCUCUCAUUUCUACGGAAGAGGCCACAAACUGUCAGGUCACCGGGGUGGAUCUAGCGACUGACACUGUGUCAGCCCCUUCGGAGGUCCCUAUGGAGAUGGAUGUGGAGCAUGUACUCGAAACAACAACCCAAUCCCACCCCCUCGAGCAACCAGUCGACGAGCUCGCCGCUGGCACUCAAUCUGAGCCCAGCCCCAGCCGCGAAGAAAUGUCUAGCGAGGCUGGUAUUACAUCCUCAUUGAAGCAUCUCCUCGAAAACAUGAAAUCAGCCAACUUGAGUCCUGCUGGUCUUCGUGAGAUUGACGAUCUUCUUUUCAAUAUUCGCGUUGAGGCGCACGACGCAUCACGACGCUACAAUUCCGCAUAG